AUGGAGUAUAAAAAAACGAAGAGGACCAACCAGUACAUCUUUGAGGGGAGCAGACACCAGGCUAAGAGGCAGAAGAUAAACGUGAACGCGGAGUGCAAGGGGAUCCUGAUCUCCACGCUGAGCCCCAAGCGGAUGACCGUGGGCAUAAAGGAGUUUUUGAAUUUCCUGAAGGUUCACUUUCCCAGUGAGGCCGAUGAGGGGAAGGUGAAGCCAACGGGGGAGAAGCAGGCGGAGGAGAAGUCAACAGAGGAGACGAAGCAAACGGGGGAGAAACAAACGGGGGAGAAGCCAACGGAGGAGAAGCCAACGGAGCAAGCAGACGCAGACGCAGACGAUGCCGCGGAAGGACAAGGCGGCCGCGUGGAAAAACAACUGAAGGAGGAAAUCGAAAAGGAAAACUUGGAGUACAACCGCUUCGCCCCUCUUCGAAAUAUCGUAAAGAAUUUCACCUUCAUAAAAUUUAACAACGCUACGGAGAAGAGCCCAUCGGACAUUGUGCAGCAGAUCUUCGUGUUGGCUCACAACAAAAAGGAGAAGUAUAUCCUCAGGCACCUGUGCAAAAUUAUUCCUCUGGACUGCAUCUGCAAGCCGCACUUGUCCCCCUUCAUAAAGGCCAUCCUGCCAGUCGUUAAGAAGAACUUCCCCCAAGGGACCUGCGUGCAGGAGAGUUUCACCGUUGGUCAUCUGUCCAAGCUGAUGAACGUGUCGGCGGAGGAGGGUGAAAAGAAGGAGGGUGAAAAGGGGGAAGGCGAGAAGGGGGAAGGCGAUAAGAAGGAAGGAGAGAAGGAGGAUGAUAAGAAGGAAGGUGAAAAGAAGGAAGGUGAGAAGAAAGAAGACCAGGCAAAGGAGGACCAGGCGAAGGAGAACAAAGCUGCGGAAGAGAACAAAGCCGCGGAAGAGAACAAAGCUGCGGAAGAGAACAAAGCCGUGGAAGAGACAAAGCCAAGCGAGGACCAACAGCCCGCGGGAAAAAAACUUUCGUGGGCCCUCAUCUACAAAUGCUCGAACACGAAGACUCUCAUGAAGAGGGACGUCCUGACGGUGCUAGAUAACUGCAUAGGGAACAACUAUUCUGUUAAUUUGAGUAGCCCCGACUUGGCCGUGGUGGUUUACGUAACAGAGAUCAUGUGCGGAAUCAGCAUCGUCAAAGGUUACGAGAAGACGAGGAAGUUUAACAUCGCGGCGUUCAACGAGGAUUCCUGA